AUGGCUUCUAGGCAUCGUGAUUUUAAAAUCAAAGCGUGGCCCAUUGUUUCUCACACCUCCAAUGAUCAGCGUGCAGAGACCGAUGUCUUGUGGCCAUUCAUUCGAUACGAACGAAAUGGAACAAAAUCCAAGUUCAGCAUUAGACCUUUUCUCUUCAAGUUUGAAAGAGAUUCUGCAUCUCAUGAAUUCUCCAUCAUGUUUUUAUUCUAUAGCAUCUUUUAUAAGGUCGCCUUUGACGCUACGGUCACAUUAUUGCUUCUUCCUCUGUUGACAUUUCAUCGCAAAAGCAAAGAAUACCAACUCACAGUGAUAUUUUCAGGGUUAUUAUACUUUUUACAUGAAUCAUUUGUUAAAAAGGCCAAAACACUUGCAUUGUUACCACUCAUGUAUUUCUCGAAACAGAAACAAAUUGGAAGUCCUGAUGCUGUCACUUUUCAAACAUUUCUGUUCCCUUUCUUUUGGAGGUAUAAAAGCAAGGUGACAAAUAUAAUGCUAAUACUCCCGUUAUACUUUUUCUUUGAAAAUGACAAGUUCUAUAUCAACCAAAUGUGGCCAUUUAUUGGAACUCAAAAAAGAGCUGGAAGAUAUACAGAAUUUUCAAUAUUAUAUCCUCUAUUCAGAGUUAGAAAAGGACAAAAUAAUUUUACAUUGCAUCUUCCGUGGCCUUUUUUGAAAUUGCAAAUAGCUCCAGAAAAGAUAUCCUUUAGAUUUUUACCAGUGUGUUGGAUUAGAGUAUUGAGAAACGGUGGAUCAAGAGGAUUCGUUUUCUUUUUCUAUUGGAAGCACGUCUCUGCUAGCAAUUGCACAAAAUUUGAUCCUCCAAAAUUCACAUUUGGUAUUUGGGGUCUUUUACACAUCAAAAUUGCAAAUGGUACUGAAAACAAGGGCCAUCAUAUCUUUUGGAUAUUUAUGCUUCUUUUUUAUAGAAAGACGAGUAGUUAUAGAUAUCUAUUCUUAACUCCAUUGUUUAUGCAUUAUUUGACAUACAUCGAUACUAAGGUGCUCACAAGAAAAGUUUUCUUGAUGCCUGUUUUUUACUUUUCAGAACAAGUGGACUCAUUAUCCCGCAAGGAGAGUUUCAUGACAGUCUUGUUAUUGUAUUGGUACAUCUGUUCUAUCCAUAAGGUAUCACACCACAUAUUCUUGCCACUCUAUUGGUACACUCAGGACAGUUCCAACGAUCAUAUUUAUAUUGACAGAAGAGUGUUCAUUUUCCCAAUUCUUACUUAUGGAGGAUGGAAAAAAUCUAUACAAGAACAAGUUGGAGUUCAACACGAGACAAUCUUAAAUUGUUGCUACUUGUUGUAUUGGCAUAGGUGUGCAAGAGACAAACAUUUUAGAGUGUGGCUAUUUUUGAUAUUUUACUACUCUGAUAUUCGUGAUGUGAAAACUUUCCUUCUCUCUCUCGUAUUCUAUGUCAGACGCGAAAAAGACAAUAAUCGCUUAUUUAUAUUAUUCAUUUAUUCAAGUUUCAAACGAAAAUAUUGGUACAGUUUGAAAACCUAUCCAUUAUUCAUGUGGAUUAAAUAUGAGAAAUAUACAAGGACGAAAGAUGAGCAAGAGGAGCUUACAGAUUACUGUCAUGUAUUUAUUUGUGGUCUCAUCGGAAGAUUUAGAGACAUUGUUCAUCAGCAUACCUUUGUAUGGAUUAUACCUUUGUAUUUUUCAUCAGUUAAUGAAAAGUACCAAGAAUCCACGAGAUUUGGCUCCCUAUUUUUCCUUCCUCCAUAUUUCUAUCAUUCUACCGAUCAAGGAAAGGUUGAAAGCAGUUUCGUGCUUCCAUUUUUCAUCUACAAAGUUAAUUGGAAAUACAUGUACAUUUUCCCAUUCUUCUUUGUGCGAAUGGACAGAAAGAAGAAAUCCAUUCAUCUACACUUUAUCUUUGAUUUGAAUAUUGAUUCUGAGAAGAAUGAGUAUUACUUCAAGUUCUUGUACAUUCCUAAAACAAGAUAUUGUUUGGUUCAAGCAGAUUGCUCUUAUAUUGGUAGUAAGGGUGCAUCUAAUUUGAAGAGAACACGAUUUUUCAUAUUCCCCCUCUUUUAUUAUCAGAAUCGUGCCUUAGAAACACCAGACUUGGACAAUAAGAAUCGAAAACUUGAGGCACCAUUAAUCACUAUAUCCUUAAUAUGGUUAUUACACAACAUGUGUUUAGGAAAGAUCAUCAUUGAUAAGAGAGAAUUGGUGAAAUCCUUCUACCUGAUGCCAUUGUUUUAUGUUAGAAUUGAUCGAAACAAUCAAGUGGUAUCUGCACAGAGAAAUGGGCAAUUCUUUUCAGUGUCGCUUUUAUAUUUGGUGAAUGAAAAAUUUGCCUUUUUCCGGUAUAGCCGUCUCAUCACUCCAAACAACCAUAGCUCUUCCAUCUUUUUAUUCCUUUUAUUCUUUUCGACUGUGAGAAAUUGGUGGGCUGGUUCAAAUGAUUCCAUGACACUUCAAAACGAACAUACAUUUGCAUUAUUGUGGAUUUAUAAGCCAGAAUAUUCAUUGAUUUAUUGGAGUCGACAAUUUUCCACUACAGCUUUCUAUUAUUUCUGUUUGUAUGCAUUCCCUCUAUUUUGGUAUGAGGUGAAUCAACAAUUUUCUUCUAUUGAAGAGACCACCGAAAAGAAUGUAUCAAUUUUAUGGUUCAUUUACAAGAGAUUUGCACUAUUUAACCAAUCGAUUUCCUUUAGGACAGAGGCAAAUUCAAGUUCUAAUAUUCUGUCGAGCACUUCCACAACAUUUUUGUUCCCAAUUUAUUAUCAUUCACUUACUGAUUCAUACAAAGUGUGGAAAUUUUUGUGGUUACCAUCACAUGACAGCACCGGAUUCUCUAUUGUCAAUUGGUUUGUCAAGUAUGAUUCUUCUACAACAUUUGUUCCAGUGCAAAUUAGAAAGGUUGUAUCAGAAAGAUACCACUUCCUCCCAAUAUUCUACAGAGAGCUUGAAUACGACCUGUCUGCAACUUCAAAUACAACUACCUUAAAUACUUCGACAGUCACGAUGGGUACCAAUGACCACGUGGAUGCUUCAAUGGUUUCUACUCCUGUGAAAAAAGCAACUCGCAAGGUCAAUUAUUUAUUUUGGAUAUUCGAUCGAAGGUUUUCUUGGAUUAGAGUUUGGAGUAACAAGACAUCCAACACUGACCAACAUGGAUUUUAUAUUUUCUUGCUCAUCCUCAUGUCAUCUUCAGCCCACCAAAAUACCUUGAAGAAAGUAUUUUGUUUGUUUUGGGUAUUCACAAAAUGGCUCUCUUUCUUCCAUCAUUGCGUAGAAUGCUCUGGAUCAUCAUCAAUUCUCUCACACACACCUUCCGACUAUUCUUUAAUCUCAACAAGACAGUUCACACUUGGACUUCACUUUUAUAGAAAGGACCUAACAAAUGAUCACCUAAAAUUGAAAGAAUUUUACUUGCUAUGGUUCUUGCACAAGUACGUCUCUAUUGUGGCGUUUUGGAAUUACAUUUCUCAAAAUACCAGUGAGACUGGAACCUAUUUGUUUCCUCUUUAUAUUUGGAAAAAGGAAUGUUCAGCCUCAAAAAGAGUCAAUUCUUGGUCAUUGUGUUGGUUCUUCCACAAAUACGCAGCAAUAUUCCACAGAAGUACAAUUUCAACAGAUCGGAAACCUGGAAGCACAUCUGUCAGCACAACAAUGGACGAUUUCGAUCAUCAUGAAUUCACUACCUUUUUGGUUCCAUUAUUCUUCUUUACAAACAAGAAUAAUGAGAGUAGAAAUCUUGCUGUCUUUUGGUUCUUUGUUCAACGAAUUAGAUUUAUUGGUAUUUUGAAAUCUCCAAAGAGCUUUGACUUUUUCAUUUAUCCAUGGGUCUCAUAUGAAACCACGACGAAUGACACUAGCAAUUAUUUAUCAAUUUCAUUGAUUUAUGUCAUUCAGAAAUAUGUCUCUCUAUUUUGUUAUACCCGUUCCAAGAACACGAAUACCAACAAUUACAAAUCUACACUUUAUCUAGUACCAUACUUUUUCAGAACUUUCACAAAAGACACUACCGAAAGAAAGCACAACAUUUACCUAUUUUGGUUCUUAUACAAACGUAUUGCACUAGCUCACUAUUGGAAUGAAAAACAACUCAGUUCUGGAUCAAAGGCUGAAUCAGGUUUCUAUUCUUUCCCACUCGUUAGAUAUACCAAUGAGAAGGAUGGUGUCUCUGAAAGCAAAUUUAAUCUCUCCUUCUUCUACUUAUUCUACAGAUUGUUAGCUCUUAUUCACUACUCGAGUCAUAUUUCACUUUCAACACGAAAAGAAACCAUGUUCUUUAUCUUCCCUCUCUAUAUUCAUUUGAAUUUUGAUGAUGAAAAUAACAAUGUCACUCACACCAAAUGGAGCGUAUUUUGGAUCUUUUAUUACAAGCUUGCUUUAAUGAGAUAUUGGAAUGUAAUUAUAUUUGCAAACAAACCCACUCGUAACGACAGUGGAGGAACAAGUGGUGAGGAUUUCAAAAAAGUGAGAUUGUGGAAAGAACCAAUUCAAACUCAAGAUUGUUCCUUCUUUAUUUUCUGUCUCUAUUAUUUCACAAAACAGAUUCAAGAAAAGAUGAAAUCAGAGAUGGGUCAUUAUAUAUUUUGGCUCUUUUAUCAUAAAUUGAGCAUGAUCAAGUUAUCGUGGAAAACAGAGAAAAAAUCACUCUUGGAAACAAAUGAUCAUGACAAUUACAACCAUUCAUUCUAUAUAUUCCCACUUGUGCUUUGGAGGUCCUCUAAGGAGAAUUCCACCACAGAACGAUAUUUUGCAUUGAUUUGGCUAUUCCACCGAUUGAUUUCAGUAUUUUAUUUCUGUAAAUCGAAUUUUGGUUCCACUUCAUCGAUUCUAGCGACCACGAGUGCUGAACAUCCAAUUGGAAAUAAUGCUAGAAAUGACACCAAGAUGACAACCUUCUUGCUGCUUAUUUUCUUCUAUUCAAGCGAUUCAAGAGUGAGUGAAAAGAAAUGGUCUCUAUUGUGGUUCUUUGCUAGACAAUUGAGUUUUGUCAGGUUUUCUAGAUCACUGAAAGAUGGAUACAAGUUAUUGAAGUUCUUGAUCUUCCCAUUCUUCAAGUAUGAAAGAUGGAGUGCUCAUCAUUCUCGUUGGUGCCUCAUUCCUUUCGUUCCGAUCAAAUUCUCCUGGGUUGCCAACUUUGUGGUCUAUGAAAAACGUGUCAAGAAAGUGGGUGCAAUUCUUGAUGAUGGAAAGGAAGAUAAGCGAUCAAGAGAUCAAAAUAAGGUUGUUCGAGUGUUGUAUAAGGUGGUGGUUUGGCAAUUUGUUGAUCAAGUCAAGACACUAGAAAUCAAUCCAUUCUUUGCGAGCGAACAUGACUACGCUGAUGGAUAUAAGAGUUGGGACAUUUUAGGAGGAUGUAUUGGUCGAGUGAAUAAUUCACCUGAGCACGGUGACGCCUGUAGAUUAGGUUGUUGCUGUUUUGUUUAG